GAAGAAAUGCCUGCAGGAUGCCAUCUUUAACUGCAAGUCAGCCGUGUACAGAGGCAACAACAGGAACAACAGGUAAAGCAAAGUCUUUUGAUUUGGCCAGCCCAUCCUCUGAAUCUAUUGGCAACAAUCUUGCAAAACAACCUUCGGGUGGAGACCAGUCAUCAGAGAAUCACACCUGGGGCAAGAGAGUUAAGAGGAAACGAAUAAAGACUUCUGAAGAGGACGACAAUCGUACAUCAGGUUCUGGGAGAACUAGCAGCAGUUCUAGGAAAGUGCAAGUAAAAAGCCCAACAACUUCAAGUGGAAGCAGGGAGGGUGAUGCAGGAGUAGAUGCUGCUGAAGGUGUUCAGGAAGAGUGCGUGACAACAGAAACCAACCUUCCUGUUGUCCUAGGAUUGGAAUGUGACAAAGGCAGCAACUCAAGUACCAGAAAAGCUUGUCUAUCUGGUGGUGAGGAAUUGUCAAAGCUUCCAGACAAUCAUGCUGGAUUGAAUGAUAAUGGACUCUCAAGUAUAAAAGACAGCAUCCAGUUAGACUCCGAAGAAAAGAUUCCAAAGAGACGGAGGGGACGGCCUCGGAAAGUUGCCACCAACAGUUCUAUUACUUUAGCUUCAGAGGAGCCACGAAAAGAAGUCAUUAUUCAUGAAUUGCUUGUGAAAGACUGUUUGAUAAGUGAAAAUGAUUCUCUUCAAGAUGUUGAAGUAAAGUCAGCAAUGAUGGAUUCUUCAGUUCCUGGCCAGGAAUGUGUAAUCAAUGGCAGUGGUAAGCACAUCAUUCGGAACCAGGAAAAGCAGAAAAAUAAAACAGGCAGUACUGCAAUAUUGUCAGCAUUGAGAAAGCUGAGUGAGGAAGUUGUUGAAGCUACAACCAAGCAGCAAGAAAGGCAUUCCUCAAAGAGAGGUAGAAGACGGACAGUUAAUUUAAACAGUGUCUCUCAAUUUCAAGAUUCUCCAAAUUCAAGUGGGAGCAAAGUAACUGAAUCAAGUUGCAUGACAAAAGAACUAGAAAAGUCGUUGAAGAAUUGCCUGCAAACACAUUUGAGGAUCAACCUCUUUCGAAGUGGUUCCAAAUGAAUUCACCGACCACUAAUGAUGCCUCAAGGCUUUCGCCAACAAGAAGUGCGUUGAGCAAUGUGCUGUGGCCAGUAAUGGACAGUUAGCAAUUGUCAAUGAAAAUCAUGCAGUUGACAAACAGGAAA